UCUCACUCACUCUUUGGAACCUCUUCAGCUCAGCAGAUCUCUCUCACUCUGUGUGUGGAACGGUGGAGCCGAAGUUUCAGGUGAGAAUUCAACCGGCAAUGUCGGUGUGGCGGUUGAAGUCAAUCUCAGCUUUGCUGUGCGGCCUGUUCCUAGUGUUUGCUUCGUCACUCAGCAGAGUUGAAGCCUCCGUGCACGAGUACGCCGGAGAGAAGUUCGUCAGUAAAGGUAACGCCUUCGUGGUUCACGGCGGCAGUGAAGGAAUCUACUCGUCGCUUCCCAAUCAGAACCAAUCCUCCGUCUAUGCCAAUGGCGACGCUUAUAUUCGUUUUGAGAAGAUUACAUUCAGAAGGCCUGAAGAGUUAUCAAAUUUCAGCUCAGGUUUAGUUCAUGCUGUUGUUUUUGAGGUAGAUGAGAGAGAGACAAUUGGAGGCUCAGCUUAUGGGGGUCAAAGAGCUGUAUGCUGCACAGCGGAUCUUGCAAAGUUGGGUGUAUGUAAUGAAGGUGAAAUCAUUCACCGGCCAUCAACAAAAAAUCGAGGCUGGCCCCAAGUGUUUAGUGUGUCAUUCAAUGUUGAUGAUUUAAUUACAACCCUGCCAUCAAAGUCAAUAGAAAUUACGGAAACUGGGAUGUAUAACCUUUAUUUCAUUCAUUGUGAUCCAAAUCUAAAGGAGUUGGUCAUAGAGGGUAAAUCAAUAUGGAAAAAUCCAACUGGUUACCUUCCUGGUAGAAUGGCACCACUUAUGAACUUUUAUGGGUUCAUGUCUCUUGCUUUUGUGGUUCUUGGAGUGUUCUGGUUUUCUCAGUAUGCAAGAUUUUGGAAAGAGGUUAUUCCACUGCAAAAUUGUAUUACACUAGUGAUAACACUGGGCAUGUUUGAGAUGGCGUUGUGGUAUUUUGACUAUGCAGAAUUUAAUGAAACAGGAGUUAGACCAACUGGAACCACUGUAUGGGCUGUGACCUUUGGCACUGUGAAACGCACAGUUUCUCGGUUGAUCAUUCUGAUGGUUUCCAUGGGUUAUGGUGUUGUAAGACCUACCCUAGGUGGUCUUACGUCAAAGGUUCUAACACUGGGAGCAACCUUCUUUCUUGCAUCUGAAGUACUUGAACUGGUAGAGAAUGUUGGUGCUAUCAGUGAUCUUUCAGGAAAAGCAAGGUUGUUUUUGGUUCUUCCUGUGGCAAUAUUGGAUGCUUUCUUCAUUCUCUGGAUAUUUACCUCCCUCUCUGCAACUUUGAAUAAACUGCAGGCUAGACGGCUGUUGGCUAAACUAGAUAUCUACAGGAAGUUCACAAAUGCUUUGGCUGUGGCGGUUAUUGUUUCUGUAGGUUGGAUAUGCUAUGAGCUUUACUUCAAAUCAACUGAUGAGUACAAUGAGCAGUGGCAGAAUGCCUGGAUCAUCCCAGCCUUCUGGCAAGUCCUGUCUUUCUCUUUGCUCUGCGUAAUCUGUGCUCUCUGGGCUCCAUCUCAGAACUCUAUGCGGUACGCUUACACGGGAGACGGCGAAGAGUUUGACAGGGACGAUACCUUGACACUGAUCAAACCAUCCCCGAUGCCCUCGAAGGAAGCACGAAAUCCACCCGAAGUGAGACAGGUACAGGGAGGAAAUGGGGUAUCAAAUGGUGGUGACUUGGAAGAAGACAAGACGGAGUAGUUGUAGGCCUACUUUGGCACAUCCGACUGGUUUGAUUGUGAGAAAGGCUGUUAGCACCUACAAUGUCUAUUCUAAAUUUAUGAUGAAUCGUAUAAUUGCACCCCUCCCCCCCAUAGGAGUCGGCGAGCCCUUCAUAGGAACAUAAAAAGUGGGCUAUUUUCUCUUGUCCUUUUACUUUCUGUCCUUUCUUUUUCCAUUUAACUAAUCUUGUUUCCACAUAUUUAUUUAGAUUGGGACUUGGAAGUGCCCACCGUUACUGGGCAGACGGAAUUUAGUGGUCUCACAUCGUAUGUAAUUAUUUUUGUUUUCAAACUGUUGCAGCCACUACAUGUUUUCCAGUACUCAA